GCUGUUUCUGCUGCUACAGAAAGAGACACACAGCAUUACACUGCACUGCUGGAAAGGCCCCGGGCUCUCAGCCACUUCUGCUAUUUUCUUUCUCUUACUUUAGUCGCUUUCUCUGCGUCUCUUCCGCACACUCACACACUUUGCCAGAUGAAAAUGUCAGGGGAGGAAGAGACUCUGUCGAACGGCUGCUCGCGGUCAGACCUGACGCUGGCUCUCGAGGACUGUAUGGCCGCUCUGGAUCUGUUCCUCAGAAACGACUUUGAGGAGGCGCAGGCGCGGCUCAGAUGCAGAAACAAAGACAGCAUGUACCACGCUCUGACCUACGCCACCAUUCUAGAAAUGCAGGCCAUGAUGACCUUCGAUCCUCAACACAUCCUAGUUGCAGGGAACACCAUGAAGGAGGCACAGGCUAUCUGCCAGAGGCACCGCAAGAAGUCUUCCUUUUCAAAAAGCUUCACAGAAGAGGAGCUCCAUGCUGAAGUUUGUUACGCCGAGUGUCUCCUCCAGAGGGCAGCGCUCACCUUCCUUCAGGAUGAAAACAUGAUCAGUUUUAUCAAAGGGGGAAUCAAAGUGAGGAACAGCUACCAGACUUACAAAGAGCUUCACACAGUCCUGCAGUCCUCUGGAUACACUCACGGUGACAACCAUGGGCAUUUUGAGGGUGGCGUUAAACUGGGAGUGGGAGCCUUUAAUCUAAUGAUUUCCAUGUUGCCUACUCGGACACUCAAGCUGCUGGAGUUUGUCGGUUUCUCUGGUAAUAAGGAGUUUGGUCUCCAGCAGCUUCAAGAGGGCUCAGUAGAAAGUACAUUCAGGUCCUUCCUGUGCAACAUGCUUCUCCUCUGUUAUCACACGUUCAUGAGCUUCAUACUAGGCACUGGAGAAGGAGACGUUGAGGAUGCAGAAAAACUGCUGGAGCCAUAUCUUAAAAAAUACCCCAAGGGAUCCAUCUUUUUGUUCUUUGCUGGUCGGAUAGAAGAGAUCAAAGGCAACCUGGAUGCUGCUAUCAAGCGUUUUGAGGAGUGCUGCGAGGCUCAGCAGCAGUGGAAGCAGUUCCAUCACAUGUGCUACUGGGAGCUGAUGUGGUGCUUCACAUACAAAAGGCACUGGAAGAUGGCCUACUUCUACGCUGAGCUGCUCAGCAAGGAGAACUCAUGGUCCAAGGCUACCUAUGCAUAUAUGAAAGCAGCCUACCUCAGUAUGCUGACUAAGGAUGAUUGCCUAACCUUUGGGGAGACAGCACUUAGUCUGUUCAGGCAGGUGCCAGGGCUUAAGCAGAAAAUAGCAGGAAAGUCUUUACCAACGGAGAAGUUUGCUAUCAGGAAAGCCCGCCGCUACCUGGCAGAAAAUCCCGUACCUCUUCCUGCUCCUCCGCUGGAGAUGAUGUACAUCUGGAACGGUUAUACAGUCAUUGGAAAACACAAAGACUUAACUGAAGGCAUGCUGAAAACACUGGAUGAGGCACAGGCUCAACUUGAAAGUCUACCAAGAACAGAGUUCUCCAUAGAUGAUCAGUGUUUGCUGAGCCUCCUGAAGGGACUGUGUCUCAAACACUUGGGUCACCACGAGGAGGCAGAGCACUACUUUACCCUCGUCCUCUGCAAUGAAACUCAGAUAAAGUAUGACCACUACCUGGUACCCAAUGCCCUGCUGGAACACGGCCUGCUGUGUCUGCAGCAAGGCAGAAAAGAUGACGCUAUCAAACUGCUAGAAACAGCAAAGCAAAAUUACAAAAACUACUCGAUGGAAUCACGGACACACUUUCGUAUACAGGCUGCUUUGCACAAGGCCAAAGGCAGCGGGGAGAACGGUAUCCAUGUGCCCUCCAGCCCAUAACAAACAGAGGACGGCACACUAAGGAGAGACAGCAUUUGUCUCCUACAGUCUCAUCAUGCCAACACACAGACCAGGACAGAAUGGAGACUAAUUAUGAAAUGUGCCUAUAUUUAUGAAACAUUGCUUCUAGCAGGGUCGUCUGUCUAGCACUGUGGCCACCUGUAAGUGGUGCACUGGAGUACAAAACACAAUCAGAUUUAUUUGGUGUAUAUUCUAAGUUGCCUCUGCUAAUACCCCGAGGGUAAAACAUUCCCGGUGCAGGGUACUGAGUCUGCGAUUUGAUGGAGACAAACAACCUUUACAGAAAUGACUGACACUAGCUUCUCCAAGUCAUUUGAUCUGGCUGCUGCAGAGUUUCCCAUUUUUUGUGUAGAAUAUAAAUGAGCGAUUAUUUAAAAAUAAAAAUGACACACAGUGAUGUUUUGUUAAGUCCCUGAGAACUAGGAGAUUCCUUGUAAUUGGUUACUGAUCAGCAAUAUAAUCAAAAAUGAUAUGUUGUUUAAAUUUUUACACUACACUUUGGUUUAUUCUGUUUGUCAGAGAGAGUGAGUGUUUUAUUGCGCAUUUUCCUUUUUUCCCCUUUUUCUGAAACAUAUUACAUCAGUGGUAGACGCACAUGUAUUUUGUGAGAUAGCUCUCUCUGAGUCUCCCUUUGAAAAGAUGAUCAAAUCUAAAAUCUUGUUUUAUUUAUAGUUGCAUUUUAUGGCUUUUUGCACAGAGCUUUGGAAGUCAGCCAGAUAUGCAACCUCUCCAGAGUAAAAGAAAAAAAAUGCCUCUAAGACUUCCUCUAAGACAUUUAUAUACUGUAAAUGGCACCUUUUACACAAAUUGUCCUGUUUUAAGAGGACAGAUGAAUGUGUCUUUUAGAAAGGCAGACUCCCUUCUUUUCUCCUCCUGGUGUGUGGGACGGCCUCCAGCAGUACUUGAGCUCGAACAAAUGGGCCUUUCACAGCGAGCGGCGAAGUGCUGCGUGCUUGUCCGCCUGCUGCAUCUUUAGUAGGUGAAGGAGCUCAGAAGCAUCGCAACCACCACAGUCUUCCUGCUUCAGGAUCAUCUUCUGCUGCUCUUGUAUAUUACAUGCUUGCCCAGAAACAUCUAUUGAAGCACUUGGACGUUGUAAUCACAUCCUGUAUAUAGUAAUCUGGUUAUGGAUAAAUAGGGGUCACCUCUAACAUGGUUGGUGGUUAGGUUAUUGGAAAGGUUGUGUACUUGCAAUAGUGAGUUUAAAAAAGAAAUAAACCUGAACUCACAUGUUGUCUCAAGUGAUGGAAUUAGAGCAGUAGAGCACUGUUGUUUUAUUCAUGAUUAGAGUUAGGUUUAGGAUUUAAGAUGGCUUGGAGUUCUUUUUUUCUAAUGGUGAAGGAAAUGCAUUCUUAUUGUUCUAACAGCAGCUGCUCUCCAGAAUAUUCCCCAAACCACUCAUGUUUUACUUUCAAAUAACAUUAUUUUCAUUUUUUGCCCUUUGGGUUUACAACUGCAGUCAAAUUCUAACUAAUGUAGUGGCAUUAUCUGCAUAUUUUACUGGGCAUGGCUACCAAAAUUACGGAAUGACAUUCCUGUACAUACUGAAUGUUUCCGUUGUAAUUUAAAAUGAUGAAAAGCAACUACAAAUCCAA